AAAGAGGAGAGGGAGGUCAUCGCAGACCCACAAGUACAGCUGCUCCGGGACCGGGAGGGUAUCCCCGCCCCGAAGAGCGGAGGGAGGGCGGGUGUCCCCGCCCCAAAGCGGCGUUGCUGCGGGGCUGGGAGGGUAUCCCCGCCCCGAAGCGGCGCUGCUCAGCCGGGAGGGCAUCCCCCGCCCCACAAGCGGCGCCGCUCCCGCCGAGCGAAGCCCCCGAACGCACCGUCGAGGGGCCAAGAUGAACCCCCCCGCCGCUCCGCCGCCGGGGCAGCAGGUGAUCCACGUCACGCAAGACCUGGACACGGAGCUGGAGGCUCUUUUUAACGCGGUGAUGAACCCCAAACCCAGUUCCUGGAGGAAGAAGAUCCUGCCCGAGUCCUUCUUCCAGGAGCCCGACUCGGGGUCGCACUCGCGGCAGUCGAGCACGGACUCGGGCGCGCCGCCGCCCCCCCCGCAGCACGUGCGCUCGCACUCCUCGCCCGCCUCGCUGCCCGCGCAGCCCCGGCCGCGGCCCUUCGACGGCGGCGACGAACUGCCGCUGCCCCCCGGCUGGGAGAUGGCGCUCACGCACACCGGGCAGCGGUAUUUCCUCAAUCACAUAGAAAAGAUUACAACAUGGCAAGAUCCUCGAAAGACUAUGAACCCGCUGCUGAAUCACAUGAGCCACCACCCUGCAGCUACUUCCACACCAGUGCCCCAGAGGUCCAUGGCUAUGUCUCAGCCAAAUCUCGUCAUGAACCACCAGCACCAAAUCGCAGCCAGCCCUGCCAUGUCGCAGCAAAGUCGCCCUCCCCAGACUCCACAGGCAGGGCUGUUGAACUUGCCCGGCGCCCUGACUGCGCAGCAACAGCAGCAGCAGAAACUGAGGCUCCAGAGAAUCCAGAUGGAGAGGGAGCGAAUUAGGAUGCGUCAGGAGGAGCUACUGCGGCAGGAAGCUGCUCUGUGCAGACAACUUCCCAUGGACUCGGAAAGCAUGGCCCCAGUUCAGACAGCUGUGAAUACACCUGCCAUGACACAAGACAUGAGGCCUAUUGCAAAUAAUGGAUCCGAUCCUUUCUUGAACAGUGGGCCGUACCAUUCCAGGGAACAGAGUACAGACAGUGGCUUGGGAUUAGGAUGCUACAGUAUACCAACAACACCUGAGGAUUUCCUCAGCAACGUGGAUGAGAUGGAUACAGGAGAAACCAUAGCACAGACAACAAUGAACAUCAAUCCGCAACAAACACGCUUCCCUGAUUUCCUCGACUGUCUUCCAGGAACAAACGUUGACCUUGGGACUCUAGAGUCAGAAGACUUGAUCCCUAUUCUCAACGAUGUGGAAUCAGUACUUAACAAAAAUGAGCCCUUCCUUACCUGGCUGUAAUCGUUCAAUGCUGAUUCGGCAGUUGCCGAAUGUAGUUCAACAUUUUUUUUUCCUCUUGAGAUAGAGGUACAGCCUCUGAAAAUCCUCAAGAGAUAACGACUUACUGCCUUAAUGACUUUCGUUGCAUCAUCUUUAUGGUCAGUUUAGUCUCUGCCUGGGUUUGAUUGACACUAACUGAAAUAUAAAAUACACAUAUAUAAGAAUACAUAUAGGCAUAUAUAUAUUUCUUCUUCUUUAAGAGAAAGCACACUACUUUACACUUUUGUACUCUCCUUUACCUUUUCAGACCAGGCAGAACUAUUUCACUUGAAGGACAGGAGGUGGGUGGUGGUUGUGCCUGUCCCUGACUGAUCUCCUGAGCAUCGAUUACCACCACAAACUCGGUGUGAAUCAAAACCCUUAACUCCUAGAUCACUUGGUUAAAAAGAUAUGCGCGCCCACGAUCGGGCCAGGAGAGCAGUUUUAUUACUAUGUUUAUGACAAUAGUAUCAGAAGCCUUUUUUUAUCAACUUAAGCUUUAAAAAUCUUUUUCUUCAUUCUUGGUAAAACUGUGCUGUAUGGAAUAUAGACUAAAUCUGAUCCAUGCCAGCCACGAUAUUUCUCAUUAUAUAUUUGUAAAGGCACAAACAGUACUAUUGAAGCUUCUUCUUUUUUUUUUUCAGUAUAUUACUGUAUAGCUUUUGGAAAAUAAGUACUUCCAAUCUGAAAGUACCAGAAUUGUUUAGCAACGUUUUUACACUACAAUACUGUUGCAAAAUAAACCAGCCUGGUACUGACUGCUGCCUUUGAAAAACAGAGCAAUGUAUUAUAAACAAGCAUUUUUUAAAAGAUACCUUAGGUUUUGAUGUUAUAUUAAGCACUACAAUUUUGUAAUUUAAUACAUGAACAAACAAUUUUUUAUACAUAUAAAAUCUAUGGCGAAAAAUGCAAAAACAUGCUUCUCGAAUCAGGUCUGAAAAAUAUGGCACAACUUGUUAAUGUCAUGUAGUGGGAAAAAAAGCCCUUCCUUAUAGUGUUUUCAGUCAUGUUUUUAACUGACAAUGUCAAAAUACAUGUAGUUGUAUACAUGGAAAUGGUGGUAACUUUAUCAGGGCGAUGCUGAAGCAGCAUUGUAACGUUGUCUGGUAAAGCUGCUUCGUUCUUAAGUCUUUCACUGAUUGUAGUGGGUGUGCAGGACACGGGGCGUGUUCUGUGUGUUUCUACCUAUUGUGUAUCCUACAGAUACUUCUUUAUCAGAGAUUUGGGACUGAGAAAGCGUCAAGGACAUUAAGCUUGCGGUUCCCUUGAAAUGCAAAUGAAGUCCUAAAAUUCUUAAAUAUUUUGAAAUUAUAUUAUUUAUAAUCUAUGAGUUUAAGCUUUUUAUAUUGAAAAAAAAAAAGUUGUCUUUUUAUGAAAGGCAGAAAAUCUUUUCUCUAAGCUUAAUCCAGGCUAUGUAGAGAGAGGAAGAGAUGUAGCACUCAGUGUAAACGUGUGUUUGCCAGGUCUCAUAACACUUAACAAGAUCGUACCGGUGCACUGGAAUAUCAAUCACUAAAGACUUUUCUCCAUCUGGUUGGGUGAAGGUAGGUGAAAAGGUCAGAGAGGAAGUGGUGGGAAUAUGAAGUAGGCUUGGAAGACAAAUGUAGGUCCUUGCCAGGAAGGGUGGCUGCAGAUAGGGAUACACGGGAAUGAAUCACCGGUGUUCAGUAAAGAACGUAAGAGAAGAAAUGAAUGCAAUAAACCACCCUGUCGAUGCUGAACUACUGGGUGUGCACGGUGUCAGAAGAUGGAAAAUAAUACUGGAAAAUAAAGCACACGCCCCAAAAUAUUGAAAAAAAAAAAAAAGAGAUGGAAGGCAAAGACCUGCGGUCAUGGCGUUCUAUUACGUAGGGAAAAGGAGCUCUUCUUAUGUUUUGGUUUGGUUUAAUAGAAAAUGAGAUGUGACUGCAGAGUUGUGUCUGCACAGAAUUUAAUCGCUGAAUGGGCAUUGUCUUUCUUUUAUUCUUUUGGAGGGGUUAUUUGUUGUUGUUGUUUUUUAAUUAUUCUUGCUAGCGCUAACUGUUGAGAGAGCAGAUAUCUCGUUUCGACCAGCAGGGGACCGGGCAGGGCUGACUGAUAUUACUGUAAUUAUGAUUAAUCUUUCCUAUUUAAGGACUUCCUAAAUGAAAAAACAGAUGGCUGUAAGUCUUUGUUCUUUAGGAUAAGAAUUGGAAGUUCUUUGGCAUCUGGUUGUGAUGCCAACUGGUGAGGCCAGCUCCGCAGCACUGGUGCAAGAACCAUCGGCUGCAGAGCCGAGCACUGGGGUGACCCGAUCGGUACUGCUCAUCAUUGGAUUCUGCUUCGAAAAUGCAGUUUGUUUAGUUGCUGGUAAGCCUGUACUAUUGUAAAUUUAAUUUUUGUCGUAAUGAAAGAGCUGAUCGUGUUCUCAGCUGGUCCACGUGGAUUAGCUAAGCUGUGCCGACUGCUCUUUGCCUACACUGAUGGUCAUCAGCUGAAGGCCAUCCUUACCAGGGCAACAGAGGCGGUGUUCUAGGAAUGUCACACAAGAUGCUUAUGAGAAUUGUGAAGCUACAAACUUGAUUCCUCUUCCAUCAAUGUUUCAGGUGGUUAAGAGUCUUGGUUCAAAGACCUUAAAAGAGGUAAAAAAACCCAGUAACUGUGUUUCCAUAUUACUUGAGUAAUAAACCAGCAGCAGAUUUGGAACAGGAGGGUGCUAAUGUGAAACAGCUCUUCCAGUGUCAAACAACUGCCAAACUCUUCGGUCAGAUCUUUACCUGGUCAUGAACCAAGUCAUGGUGAAGUUGAAAGUGAUUCUUUAAGCUGCUCAUUUUUGUUACGGAGAGGGCAUAUCAGAUGGAGUGCAGCAACCACAAAAUCUAUUUCUUAAAGUUCUCUCUUUUUUUAAAGUUUCUGGCUUUAAACAGGCAGAACUUCUUAAGUUUUCAAAGCAUACGUCGUUCUUAUGACACUAAAUUUAUUGUGAUGAUAUUUCACUGUACUGUUUCAGUUUUUGAGCAGUUACUUUUGCUAAAUGUACAUUGUCUGCUUGUAGUACAAGUACAAUAAAGGCGCCAGCUGGAUGGUGUUGCUGUUGCCCAUCACCGAGGGCGGCGUACAUAAGUCUUGGUGAUACGGGAAUAGUGGGAUGAUGUUAAUAACAGUUUGUAUUCUGGUAAUACUGCUGGGAUGUAACUUGGGGAGGGGUUGGGUUUGGCUUUUUGACAACUUUUGUGGGGGGGAAGAGGAGGAUUUCAAUGGCUUUUAGAUACAGAAAAAUAUAGGUGUUCAAAUAAACCUGUUUCCUAAUAUGCUACAUCCAUGUACGUGCUAGUACUUUAACUUUUUUAUUUACUUCUUUUUCUUUUUGAUAU